AUGAAUCAUGGUAGGAUCAUAAUAACAAGGAGGAUACCUCCACUUCGAAGAGGUUUAGGGACCACUUCCCGUGCCCUUAAUUCCCCGGCAUCUUCCAUUGCUAAUGCGACAAGUAAGGAACCUACUAUUAGUAUAUCCAUGGAUAAGGGGACCAUUGCCUCGAACUCUAGGGUAAGAUUUAGCAGUACACUGUUGAAGAAGAACGAAUUUAAUAAAUAUGAGCAUUUUUUACGUGGUGGAAGGAUCAAAGAUUUGAUUUCUAUGAUUUUAAAUCCGAUGGUCUCAAUUCAUGAACAUUUUACAUUGGAAGAAUAUUCGUUAUUUUUGGGGAAAGUUCUCUCGAUGAAGGAUAGUGAUGUGAAUGUGAAUGUCGUGUUCCAGUUGUUUGAAAUAUAUGCUCGAAUGUAUUGUGGUGAAGGAUCAUUGAAUGCCUUACAAAUUUACGAUUUGAAUAAACUUAUCAAAUAUUUCAUCAAGAGGGAUCAAUUGAAACAAGGUCAGAUUGUUUUGGAUUUUAUUAUAAUGAAAUAUGGUGGAAUUGAGAAUAUGAUUGCCCACCGGGAUCUGAUAAGUUUGAAUAAUCAUUUGAAAUUAAAGAAUGGAUCCCUAGUGAAAGAUUGGAAGUUUGAAGGUAAAAAUUUGAGGUAUUUGCAAUCACGACAGGGGCGAUUGAAUUAUAAGUUUUUAGAUGGUUGGUCGUUAUUAAAGAUUGCUGAUCUUGUAUUGAAUGAUCCCAUGAAAUGUCAAAAUGUGUUGACGAAUAGUAUUAUUUAUUCAUUGGGUCAUUUGAGACAAGUGGAAUUACUUGAUCAUUUCAUUGAUCAAAUGUGGAUGCAAGAGACUAGACCACGGAAUGGGUUGUUAUACCCUGAUACGAAUAAUAUUAUUGCCAUUAUAACAUCAUAUUGUUACAAUUAUGGUAAUAUGGACAAGAGUUUUGAUGUAUUAGACAGGAUAUUGGAGAAAUAUUCAGGAUUAAAAUUUGAUAAAUUUUUUUGGAGAAGAUUAUUCCAAUGGUGUAUACUUACGGAACCGAAUGCAAAUAAGGGGUUUAUAUUGGGUCAAUGUUGGUCAUUAAUGGAGAAACAGGAAAAAGUUGAAUUUGAUGGUGUUUUACUGGAACUUUUGAGAGAAAAGAUUGUUAAAGUUAGAGAUGUUCCUCUGGCGUUGAGAGUUUUGAAAAUGAUAGUUAUAGAAUUAAAGAAAGUAAAUUUUAUCAAUGAGCUGGAUAUGGAGUUGCUUUUGAAAUAUCAGAAGUUUGUCUUUAGUAAACUCGGAGAGAUUAAUAAGACUGUGAAGGCCAUGGAAUUGUUGUCAUGUGAUGAUUAUACGAUUAAUAAAGAAAAUAAAGCGUUUAUGCGUGCAUAUUACUUUGAGAAUAAACGGGAGAAGAGGAAGAAGAAUAAGAGGAGCAACCAAUACGAUGAUCUUCAACGGAAAUAUGAUGAGAUGGAUGAAGAAGAUAUGAUAAUCGGUAAGUUAUGGUAG